AUGAGGUAUGGCGGUGAUCAGGACACUGGCAUGAUGUAUGGCGGUGAUCAGAACGCUGGUAUGGGGUAUGCCGGUGAUCAGAAUGCUGCUAUGGGGUAUGGUGGCAAUCAAGAUGAUGGUAUGGUGUAUGGCGGGGAUCAGGGCACUGGUAUGGGGUAUGGAGGUGAUCAGGGCACUGGUAUGGCGUAUGGUGGUGAUCAGGAAGCUGGUAUGGCAUAUGGCAGUGAUCAAGACACUGGCAUGGUGGUGAUCAGGACAUUGGCAUGGUGUAUGGCAGUG